AUGAGCGCUCUUGGCCACCAGAGGCUGAAAUACUUCAACAUGACCUUUGACCUAUGCCGCGAUUGGCCGGUCUGCAACCGCACGGAGGCCAUUCCCCGUAACCUCUCGCACGCGCUGGAACCGCGGGAACCGUAUGACCUGGGUGACGACUCGUCUUGGCUACGCUUCCUCAUCGCCACGGUGUACUUCGCCGUCUCCGCGGUGGGGCUUGUGGGCAACGCCACGGUGCUGUUCCUCCUCCGCCCCGGAGGGGGCGCCACCAAGGGGGCCAUCGACCUGUUUGUGGUGAACCUGGCGGCGGCGGACCUGCUGUUCUCGGCCGCCAUGCCGCUGUGGGCGGUGGACACGGCGCUGGACUACCGCUGGCCGUUCGGCGGCCUGGCCUGCAAAAUGGCCUCCUUCCUCACGUCCCUCAACGUCUUCGCCAGCGUGCUCUUCCUGGCCGCCAUGAGCGUGACGCGGUACUGCAGCGUGGCGCUGGCCCUGCGGCCCGGCGGGGCGAGGGCGGGCGGGAGGGCGCGGCCGGGGCGCGCCCCUCUCCUCGGGAGCGUGCUGAUCUGGGCGGGGUCGGUGCUGGCCGCCGCCCCCCGGGCUGCGUUUGCGGAGGUGGCGGAGGUGGGGGGGGACUCGGUGUGCCUCCUGCAUUUCCCCCAGGGCACCUACUGGCUGGGCCUGCACCACCUCCUGCGGGUGGUCCUGGGCUUCCUCCUGCCCUACGCGGUCAUCGUCCUCUCCUACCUGCUGCUGCUGCGCUUCCUGUGCAACCACGGCGACCGCGGGGGCCGUCGCCGGGCGCGGGUCUCCCGCUCGGUCGCCGCGGUGAUCCUGGCGUUCUGCGUCUGCUGGCUGCCCAACAACGUGCUGACCGUCUGGAGCCUGCUGGUGCACCUGGACGCCGUCACCUGGAGCGCGGCCUUCUACGCGGCGCACACCUACGUGUUCCCGCUGACGGCCUGCCUGGCGCAGGCCAACGGCUGCCUGAACCCCGCGCUGUACUGCCUGAUGCGCCGCGAGCACCGCAGGGCCCUGGGGAGCCUGCUCUGCGGGCCCAGACUCUCCGCCGCCUUCAAGGCCUGUCUGUCCGCGCUGGGCUGCAGCCGCGGGGGGGCGGGAGGCCGGGGGGGGGGGCUCGCCCUGCCGCUCCACAGCCGGGAGAGCCAGAGCGCCACCAAACCGCCCCGCGCCGUCCCACCCUCCACCAGCCUCACCACCGCACCCAGCCCCAAGAGCUCUGGCCUCAGCCAUGAGUGA